AACUUUUCGAAGCAGAAAUAAACUAAUCCUCUUCAGCUUGCGAAGCACCAUCAAGGAAUUUUAAAAACAUUGGACUUCCCGGCAGCAAAACACUCUGUGGGAUUCAAAAGACCGGAGAGUCAAAGGUAUACAAUCCUCCCCCUCCCCCUUCACAGAAGGUUUCAAGUUUAAGCUGCAAACUACAAACCACGACUCCACAGGAAUCAACACCCAAAGCUCCUACAGCAUACAAGAGGAGGAAAUGUCUUUCCUGACUACACAUCUAGUUCUUUUGAUUGUCUCAUUGACGUUUUUAUUUUGCCUGCAUCCUGCAAGCACACAGCAGAGAACUGACAGAAACCUGAAGGUGGAUAACAGCAAUGCCUCCCACCAAAGCUAUCUGAAGGAUGCUUUACGUAUUAUUUCAGCAAACAACUACUCCAAAAACCAUCAAAACCAAUCAAGAGAAAUGAUCAGGAUGUUGUUGGAGAAAACUGUUUGUCCGCAAAGGAAUUAUGAGAAGGAAGAGGACUGUAAUCUGUGCCUUGAAUCAGAUGCUCUGAUAUUAACUGCAGGAGGCAGUUUAAGAGAUUAUCUUACUGAAGAUGUAUUCCAGAAAAUUUCCCUAAUUCUUCUAUAUUACAUCAUCCACCAAAGGGAAGCCUGUCCAUCAAUGCACAGUCUGAGAAAUAGAGAUUACAGUUUUUUCCUAAACAGCAUGCUCUGUUAUUUCCUUGAGAAUGAAACCAGUAAUGCUCUAGAGGCAGUAAGGAAACAUUUCAAUAUAUCUAAAAAUCAGUGUCUUCAUGUAAGUGUUCUAGAAAAAGAAGUUGGAAUACUGCACAGUAAUGUAACCGAUGAAAAAGUAGUUCCUCGCCUGGCUGCUGCAAUUCUUACAUUUGCACUGAGAGGGAUCUGCCUGAGUAGAAAAUAUCUGCCUCCACCAGAAUUCUUUAUGGAAUAUGUUUUCAGUUCUCUGAACAGCACCAAUGAGCUCCAUGUAACAGCAAUAGACCAACUCCUGAGCAAACUAUGGGCUGGAAAGGAUUGCUGCACAAAUCAUCAAGCUUGUCAAAAUAAGACAGUGAGAGAUAUUGGGUAUCUAAUCAUUUCAGAUGUAACAAAGCCAAACAAUGGGAGCAUUAAACAUUGGGAAAAUAAUGAGAAAACUAUUGAAUGGGAUCAGGCCUGUUUCUCUGCAAGUGAACUUGUGGAGAUAUUUUUACAUGACAGCCAUCUAUCAGUUUCUAAAGAACACUUCAGACAAAUGAGCCCAGCAAUCAUUCAGCAAUUACUAAGCUGUUCUUGCAAGCUUAUUGAGUCCAAACAAGCAAAACCUCAACCAAAAUCUCUGGAAAAGUAUGGCUAUAGUACUCUUGCAGUUUUACUGAUUACAGUUGGAUCUAUGUUUGGCACAACUCUCAUACUAUUCAAUUCAUGUCAAGAAUGCUAUACCCUCAUUUUACAAUUAUUUGUGGGAUUAGCUGUAGGAACCCUCUCUGGGGAUGCUCUGCUGCAUCUUAUUCCACAGGUUCUUGGUUUACAUACACACAGUGUUCAAGAGAAUGGGAAGUUCUAUGAAGGCAAAGAACACAUUUGGAAGAUGCUGGCUUUGAUUGGAGGAAUUUAUGGAUUUUUUCUUAUUGAAAAAGGAUUUGUUCUUUUGAUGUCACCACAUGAGCAUUCCAUUCCAGAAGAUUCUGGUUCUCCAAACAAGAAGGCAGCCAGUAGGGAACGCCAAGGGAUUAGUUUGUUAGCCAUUAUGAUUCUGGUUGGCGACAGUCUUCACAAUUUUGCUGAUGGCCUGGUAAUAGGUGCCGCAUUUUCAUCAUCAACGGAAAUGGGUGCAACCACAACCAUUGCCAUAUUGUGUCAUGAAAUUCCCCAUGAGAUGGGAGAUUUUGCUGUUCUCUUAAGUACGGGCCUUUCUUCAAAGAUUGCCAUUUUAAUGAACUUCAUAAGUGCCCUGACUGCUUUCAUUGGACUUUAUAUUGGCCUUUCAAUAUCAACAGAUCCUCGCAUUCAAAACUGGAUAUUUACUGUCACUGCUGGGAUGUUUUUGUAUUUGUCAUUAGUGGAAAUGCUCCCAGAAAUGACUCACAUUCAAACACAGCGCCCCUGGUUGAUGUUUCUCCUGCAGAACCUUGGAUUACUAUUAGGUUGGCUUUGCCUCUUACUUCUAGCUAUAUAUGAACCCAAGAUUAAGAUAUAAAUCUCCUGCCAGCAGUCUACAAAGAGUAGCCUCCUGUUCCGCUUGUAUUCCUUUCAUUCCUGUGGGUUUCUACAAGAUAACUUUCAAGUGAACUGUGGGCUAGAUAUUAUAUAUUUAAAAAUGGCUGAUUUUUUUGUAUCAGAAAUAAACUGCCUAAUUAUUUAACUGCAGAUGUAUUUGUUUCAUAAAUUAGAUUUAAAAACUACAAAACUUCUAUUGCAUGGAAUGAUUUCAAAUACUUUGUGUCAUUUUAACAACAUUCCUAGGUUCAUUUUCCUCACAUCAACUUCUCAAUUAUUAUUAAACUAUUCUUAAUUAAACAUCCUAUUUUCAGUUGAAACGGUUGCUCUGAGAUUUGAUAUUGUGAUUGCAGAGCAACCAUUUCAAUUGAAGCGCACACUGUUGUUUACUUCAGUGGCAGUUUUGAAGCCAACGGCCCAAAUGUAGUCAGUCAGAGCAGACAAUGUGACUGAAUUUAAGCUUGUAUAAGUGUUGAUUUUUUCAAGUUCUCAUGGCAUGAUUGCAGAUAUUGUUUUGUAUGUACUUUAAAUUGACUGCUGAUUUAUAGCAGCCCUGUGAAUUUAAUAGUAUUUUCUCAGACAAAGAAUGCUCCGAGAUUGUUUUGCCAGUUCCUUCCCUUUAAAUAAAGUCUAUAGUAUCUGGAUGUAUUGGUAGUCUAUCACCCAAGUACUGGCCAAUGUUGGCCCUUCUGACCUUCCAUGAUCAAACAGAAUCUAGUUCUUUUAUAGAGCAUCUACUGUAGAUUAGACUAAAACCUGGAUUUUAGCACAAGGUAAAGGCAAAGGUUUUCCCUUGACACUAAGUCUAGUCGUGUCUGACUCUGAGGGUUGGUGCUCAUCUCCAUUUCUAAGCCGAAGAGCCAGCGUUAUCCAUAUCCAAGGACAUGUGGCCAGCAUGACUGCAUGGAGCGCUGUUAGCACAAAAAAGAUAUAUAUUUUAUAAACUAGAACAAGCAUGCAAAGCUGAUAAUGCUGUGUGUAUAUACAUGUGAAAUAAAACAAAAAUAAAAUAAACAAAUAUUCUAAAUGAGAAUUUUUCCUUUUUUUUAAGCAAGUAAAAAUGUAUUAUCAUACAUAUUAAAACUGGCACCACUACAAAAAAAAAAAACCCUAAUGGAAUAUUGAAAUAUCUAGUUUUGAUCUGUGGUUCGUUUUAACUGUAUCAAAUAGGAUCUUUGGCAGCAGACCAUGUCAUUAGAGAACAUUAUGCAUCCAGAAAGCAAAUUAGCUGUUGAAGUGUGAAAAUUGCCAUACUUUUAGCAAUCCUGCAAUUUGUGAAACAGUAACAUAUCUGUACUGGCCUUUACACAAUGUUUGAAACUUUUUGUCUUAAAUAAAAGCUACAAAAAUAUCUUCUAUCUCUGUGAAAUUGCUAUGCUAUUAACUAAUGCAAAGAAAUAAAA